CGACUAGAAAAAUGCCGCUGCGCGGAAUUAGAACAUCUACGGCAGCCAGGAACGGCGCCGGUGCCUUCAUCCUACAAUGCAAACGCCUUGACUUCCAUUACUGCAACUGGGCAGGCAGCUCAAAGGGCAUGGUUGCUUUCUUGGAGAAAACCCUCCCCACCUUCGCCCGCGAAAACCCUCAGAUUGAGAUCCGUAAACACCCCCUGAUUAAGGGCCUCUACAUCAAUGGCCGUGAGAAGCCUGUAUGUGUACGGAACAUGGAGCCCCACGAGAUCCUAAAGAAGGCAAACCUCCUCAAGGAAGCCAGCGGAGAGAAGUUGAAGCGGGUCAAGAAGCCGGUUACAAGUUUGAACGAGAGUGUACGUGGUAUCUGGUCACCAUACCACGGUGAUCUUCGGGGGGUCUAA